AUGCUCGUGCUGUGCUCUCCCUGCCUUGUGGACUCCAGGUUCUGCAUGAUCAGGGUUGCUCCUGAAACAACAGAGAGAAAGAAAGCCCAGCUGUCUUUGCCUUGGCUUCCCAACCCCCUCGGGCUCUCCUGGACCUCCUGGCAUUCCGUGUCUAAAGAUUCUCCUUGUGGGAAGCUGAGUCCUGGUCAUUCAGAUGGGACGUGGGACGGCCGAGCUGGGUUCACCCCUGGGAACAGACCUUGCGCGCUUCCCCAGGUUGUAACGCGCAUCCUGGCCCCAACCCCACCUACCCCCAUGCUCCAGUGCUUCUACUGGCUCCCGCUAGCCCCGGAGGCAGGGCGGCCCACGGGAGUCAGGACAGGGGAGGCAGCAACUCGGGGAAGAGCCCCUAGGCGGCGGCUCAGCAGCCUCGCGGGCGUGAGGGGCGUGGCCAGUGCGGCUGCGCGAGCUCCAGGGGCGGCGGGGCGUGGGCGGGGCUUUGGGAGCGCAGCGCUCAGCUUUGCGGGCAGCAGCGCGCGCUGCGGGAGGUCGCGGCGUCGAAGUUGGCGUCGGCGGCCCUUGCUUGGACCACCGUGGAGGCGGCGGCGGCGGCCCUUGCUUGGACCACCGUGGAGGCGGCGGUGGCGGCCCUUGCUUGGACCACCGUGGAGGCGGCGGUGGCGGCCCUUGCUUGGGCCACAGCGGAGGCGGCGGCCCCCCUUGCGUGGGCCACAACGGAGGCGGUUAGUUCCUCCGGUUCUGAGGCAGCCGCCUGAGGCGCAGGAACCCAGGACGCAGUCGGUUCCAGGCGUAGCGUAUGUGCUGCGGAGGGUCAUGGCUGCGAAUCAGCAGAGGCCUUUCCACUCGGUGGUGUUCAGCGUGUCUGGCUUCCCCGGCGAGUUCGUGACGGAGGAGGUGGCUCGGGAGCAGGUGUCCCCCAAGCGGAGCACCCUCCUGCCCUGGGCUGUGGCGGGCAGUUGCAGGGAGAAGCUGCAGCGAGUGCUGGAGCGGUCGGCCCUGAAGCUGGGAAGACCGACACUGCCGUCUGAAGUUGGAAUGAUAGUUUGUGCUGUCACUAAUCCAGCCUCCCUUGAUGAAAUGGCUGCACAGGCAGCGGUGAUCCUCAAUUGUGUCAGACCAGUAUUCCAAUACAUUGGGUGUGUAAACAGAAGAUAGAGCAUCAGCACAGCUAUGAGAUCAAGUGCCUGCAGAGGGGCAGAAGGUGGCCAGAAGUUGUUGGCAUGUAUGGUACUCAAAACACAAAAAUGAAAAUUUAAGGGAGUUCCCUGGUGGCCUAGCAGGUAAGAACUCAGCAUUGUCACUGCUGUGGCUCAGGUUUACUCCUGUGAUUUGGAAAUUUCCACAGGUGCAGCCAAAAGAAAGAGAAGGAGAGAGAGAAUUCAAUCAGAGCUUAGCAUGUAACGCCAAAAACACAACUAUAAAUGUAAUAAAUUCAUUGAGUAAUAAAAAAAAAGAAUGUAAUGCCAAAAAUUAAUUCAGUACUUUACCUGAAGUGAAAAACCUUGCAAAUGUGGUGAUGUUUGUCCUAAAGUGACCAUGACAUUUGAUGAUCCAAAUUCACAGAAUUGUGUCUUAGCCUGGUAUCCAGAUGUCACCAGCUAAUAACAGCAAUAUAAGAGACAGCCUCUAGUACCCGCUUUGUUUUAGCUCUUAGGUCAUCCUGUUUUUAUUCAGCCUUUGUUCCAGAUACGUAAUUGCUGGCUAUACCUAGCCAAAACUCAAUUACUCAUUUCUUCCUCUCAUGAAAAAAGAUGGCAUUUCCGUUCGGUGUAUUCAUAGGCUUAGCUUUCGAAGACUGCUUUUCACCAGCAACUGUGAGCCCCUCUGCCUUUUUGUUUUCACUCAGUGAAACCAGUUUCUCCUGAUUGUCUGACCUUCUCUUCAGGACAGCAAUCCCCAUUUUCUGUUUAAAAUGAUUACUCAUAAAUAGAAGUACAUUAGUAUUAGCGGUAGCCCCAAUCCAUCUGGUCCCUUCCCUUCUGCGCAGAUUGAUAAAUUGGCAAAAGGACAGGAA